UCCUCUUUAUUACUACUGGCCGACUCAGAUUAAGUCUGAGGCCGGUAACAUCAACAGUGAGGCCAAACCCAGCCUGCCUCUCUCCUUCCACACUGAGUCCAAACCUACAGUCACUGGGUCCUGAUUGUGACAGUGGAGCCCAGUUUGCACUGCAGGAUCCAGAGAUGGCAUCAGUGAAGCUGGAAGACUGCAGUCAAACACAGGAGCUGAAUGUCAACAUUAAAGAUGAAGAAGUGGAGGAGAAGAUUGGGAAAUCUGUUUCUCAUGGACUAGAAUUAAGUCUGAGGUCGGUAACAUCAACAGUAAUGACAAACCCAGCCUGCCUCUCUCCUUCCACACUGAGUCCAAACCCACAGUCACUGGGUCCUGAUUGUGACAGUGGAGCCCAGUUUGCACUGCAGGAUCCAGAGAUGGAAUCAGUGAAGCUGGAAGACUGCAGUCAAACACUGGAGCUGAAUGUCAACAUUAAAGAUGAAGAAGAGGAGGAGAAGAUUGGAACAUGUGUUUCUCGUGGAGACCAUGUUGAGACAUUCUCUACAUCCAGAGAGCAACAGCAGGAAGAUGACAGACCUAAGAGGUCUCACCACUGCCCACAUUGUAAAGAGAUUUUCCCAAUUCUUUCAAAGCUAAAAAUACACCUAAAAAUUCACACAGUUGAGAAUCUGUAUUCCUGUACUGACUGUGGGAAGAAUUUCAUAACAUUAAAGGCUCUGACAGGUCAUCAGAGAGUGCACACAGGAGAGAAGCCUUACUCCUGCUCUGACUGUGGGGCGGGUUUCUCUCAACUGGGCACCUUAAAACAACAUGAACGUAUACAUACAGGAGAGAAGCCGUACUCCUGCUCUGACUGUGGGAAUAGUUUCUGUCGACUGGGCCACUUAAAAGAACAUGAACUUAUACAUACAGGAGUGAAGCAUUACUCCUGCUAUGACUGUGGAAAGAGUUUCUCUCGACUGGGCACCUUAAAAACACACGAACGUAUACAUACAGGAGAGAAGCCUUACUCCUGCUCUGACUGUGUAAAAUGCUUCACAACAGCAUCUCACCUAAAAGUUCAUCAGCGAACACACACAGGAGAGAGGCCUUACUCCUGCUCUGACUGUGUAAAAUGCUUCACAACAGCAUCUCAGCUAAAAGGUCAUCAGAGAACACACACAGGAGAGAAGCCUUAUUUCUGCUCUGACUGUGAGGCGAGUUUCUCUCGACUUUGCCACUUAAAAACACAUGAACGUAUACACACAGGAGAGAAGCCUUAUUUCUGCUCUGACUGUGGGGCGAGUUUCUCUCAACUGGGCCACUUAAAACAACAUGAAUGUGUCCAUACAGGAGUGAAGCCUUACUCCUGCGCUGACUGUGGAAAGAGUUUCUCUCAACUGGGCACCUUAAAAACACAUGAGCGUAUACAUACAGGAGAGAAGCCUUACUUCUGCUCUGACUGUGGAAAGGGUUUUUCUCGACUGGACUACCUGAAAACUCAUGAACAUAUACAUACAUGAACAUAUACAUAGGUAGCCUAGUGGUUAGCGCAUUGGGCCAUUAAUUGAAAGGUUGCUGGAUCGAAUCUCCGAGCUGUCAAGGUAACAAUCUGUCAUUCUGCCCCAGUACAAGGCAGUUAACCCACUGUUCACCGGGCGCCAAAAAGACGUGGAUGUCAAUUAUGGCAUCCCCCGCACAUCUAAUUCAGAGGGGUUGUGUUAAAUUAUGGAGACACAUUUCAGUUGAAUGCGUUCAGUUGUACAAAUGAUUAGGUAUCCCCCUUCCCUAGUUAAAUACUUGAGUGAAGCCUUACUCCUGCUCUGACUGGAGCGUUUUUCUCAAAUGGGCCAUUUUCUUUUUUUUUUCUACUGUGUUAUUGACUUGUUAAUUGUUUACUCCAUGUGUAACUCUGUGUUGUCUGUUCACACUGCUAUGCUUUAUCUUGGCCAGGUCGCAGUUGUAAAUGAGAACUGGUUCUCAACUAGCCUACCUGGUUAAAUAAAGGUGAAAUUAAAUUUAAAAAAGACGAUGUAUACAUGAAGGAGAGAAGCCUCAUCAGAGCUGGUAGACACAACAUACAUUGAGUGUACAAAACAUUAAGGACACCUGUUAUUUUCAUGAUGUAGACUGACCAGGUGAACUCAGGUGAAAGCUCUGUUCCUUAAUGAUGUAGUUUUUGUGUAUUUAUUAUAGAUCCUCAUUAGCUUCCAGCAAAAAAAAAAAAAGAAACUGCGGUUGCAGUGAGCUAAGGAAUGAAAACACUGGAGAAUUUGAAAAAUAUUGCCUGGUCUGAUGAACCCUGGUUCCUGCUGUGUCAUGCUGAUGGGAGGACUGGGGUAUGGAGGAAACCAGUACAUGCAUCCCUGCUGUGUGUCAACAUUGCAGGCUGGUUGAUAAAAGUGGAGCAACAUUUGAAUGCCACAGGAUAUCUAAACAUCAUUGCCAAUCAGGUGCAUCCCUUAGAUUUUUUUCAGCAGGAUUAUGCCCCAUGGCACAACGCUUGUCCAGGAAUGGUUCCAAGAACAUGACAGUGAAUUCAGUUUACUGCAGUGGCCUGACGAGUCACCAGAUCUCAAUCCAAUUGUUCAUCUGUGGGAGGAGAUGGAACAAGCUAUUCGGAGUAGAGAUCCACUCCCAGCCACAUUGACACAAUUGUGGGAAGCAUUGGAGUCAACAUGGGCCAGCAUCCCUUUGGAAUGCUCUCAACACCUUGGGAGUCCAUGCCCUGAUGAACUGAGGCUGUUCUGAGGACAAAAGAAGGUGCAACUCGACAUUGGGAAGGUGUUCCUAAUGUUUUGUACACUCAGUGUACAUCAGAUAAAGAUGUUGUGAUGAUCAGUUUUCAGCAUUAGUUUGAGUGAAUUAUUUUAUAUUACUAAAUACCUUUUGUUUAAUGAUAAACAGGCUAUGAAUCAACUACUUGUGUUUAUUAAAUUGUAUUUUAAUACUAGAUUCAUUAUUGUAGUCAUUGAUGAUGAAUGUAUUUGAAUAACUGUAUUGAAGUUAAUUGAUCUGGCGGCAGGUAGCCUAGUGGUUAAGAGUGUUGGGCCAGUGUUAAGAGAAUUUUGUUCUCAAUGUUCAUAAACUGAACUUCAAUUCAAAUACUCUGUCUGUUACCAAUAAUUUGUAAGGUUCUUAUUGAAACGAAACGGACAGAGGCCAGUCUACAAUAGUCAGCAAAGUUUAUUUACAAGAGCUCUGCCCAUCAUUUUAUGUACAUUGGUUUAUAUACCUCUCAUUUCGUCAUAAAUGUCCCUCCUCCUCUCAGACAAUGACAAUGCUGUUUUACAAGUCUUCUCCUAUGCAUACAAGGCUUAUCAUAUGCUACAACAUGUUACACAGUCUACUGCAAGCCCAACGGUUUCUCCCCUCCCUGGGUGGGGACCAGACAUCUUUCCUGUUGUUAGUUUCACAGUGGUCACAAGUUGUCUGUUAACACUUCCUCUUUGCCUAUGUACAAACAUUCUUCAUCAGACAGGGUAGAAUUCAGUUCGUUACAGUCCUAUCAUUACUUUUAAAUGUAAACAUCAUUUAGUCAUUAUACGUAAAAUUCCUAACAGCCAGUAACUGAAAGGUUGCUGGUUUGAAUCCCGAGCCGACUAGGUGAAAUAUGUCAUUGUGCCCUUAAGCAAGGCAAUUAACUCUUAUUUGUCCUGUAAGUCAUGAAAAAUGUUUGUACGUGAAUUUCUGCUGGGCAACCUCUUCUCUUGUGUAUAAUUAAAUGAAAUAAACUGUUUGAUGUGAAA